UCCAUCCAUAAUUCUGCGUUCGAUUCGUACAUGUAACGCAUGCGCACUGCUCACUCUUCCUUUCUGCUAGCUUCUCCGCCAUGGCGCCCAUUCAGAAGAAGCAGAACACCGGUAAAGGUGGUAAGAAGAAGAAGCAGGUCCUGAAAUUCACUCUGGACUGCACCCACCCUGUGGAAGAUGGCAUCAUGGAUGCUGCCAACUUCGAGCAGUUUCUUCAGGAGCGCAUCAAGGUGAACGGGAAAGCUGGCAACCUGGGAGGCGGCGUGGUCUCCAUCGAGAGGAGCAAGAGCAAGAUUACAGUGUCCUCUGAGGUGCCCUUCUCCAAAAGAUACCUGAAGUAUCUGACCAAGAAGUACCUGAAGAAGAACAACCUGCGUGACUGGCUGCGCGUCGUGGCGAACACCAAGGAGAGCUACGAGCUCCGCUACUUCCAGAUCAACCAGGAUGAAGAGGAGGAGGAAGACGAGGAUUAAAAACAACAAUUCAUUUGAUUUUGUACAUUUAAAUAAAUGUUGUUUACAGUA